CUUGCUUUUAUCUCACAGACAGAUAAUUUGGACUCAGCGACAAAUCAGCUAUCAUCGAUCCUGGCCACAACCCAAAGUAACCUAGACAGGCUGAAUGAUACACAGAUCAAAAGUACACAAGAGUUUCAAGGUCACCUGUUGUCCAUGGAAGCACGUUUGAACUCUACCGAUGAAGAUCUAAAAUCUUCCACUGGCAACUUACAAAACAAAAUUGAAGAGCUUAAUACAAGUUUUGCAGGCCAGGUCAAUAGCCUUAGCCAAUCCAUCACUGCAGUCCAUUCGCAGUCUAACGAAACAAAGGAAAGCUUUAACAAUUUCAAGAUGCACACUGAAAAUUCUGUUACAUUGCUCAACAGCACCACCGAAAGACUUGAUCAAGAAGACGUCAGCAUAAUAUCCCUUGUUAAUGACAUCAACACAACAUUGUCUUUGAAGGUAGAGAAUGUGAGUAAGCUCCGGGGCCCCGUUGGACCACGCGGUUUUAACGGCUCUCAAGGAUUGGUUGGACCAGCCGGACCUCAGGGAGUCAAUGGAACACAGGGUCCCCAGGGGGUGAUAGGUCCACAAGGUUUUAACGGAUCACAAGGGUCACCGGGAUCAGAUGGACUCCAAGGAGCCAUAGGACCCCCAGGACCCCCUGGAGCAGGAGACUUUUCUCAAUGUGAGUUCAUGACCAGCACGGACAUAGGAUCCCAGACAGCUUUCCAAGGCAACACUCUUCCAGCUGCAACCAAAGUCAUCCUAACUGAACCAACUGAUAAAAGAAUAGUUGGUGUCACAUGCUCAACAGACUUCGCCCAAUUGUAUAUCUUGGAAGCUGAGAUUGCUCCAUCUACAAACAAGCAAGUGUACCGCUGUGAGUGCUAUGGAAACCAGGGAAGUGUAGGGACAAUCAAAAGUAUUCAAUGCCUUAUGCAUUAUUGGUUGUGUCCCUUAACAACAUAA